UGCCCAUUCACUCUUGCGCGAUUGCAGCUCACCACAAUCCAAUACUCCCACGCCGCCCCCAGAUUCCCCUGAGAUAUAUUGUCAUGACGUCCCCAGCCAAGCCACGCGAUCGACUUGCCCGGCCCGCUCUGCAUGGACGCAGUGCUGCAAGGCUGCGGUCCCAGUCGGGAUACAGCAUCAUCAUCAUCAUCAUCAAACAUUAUCCAAAACACCCUUGAUGGGCUGGAGCCGCCUGGCCUGCUGCACUACCAACAGCACGUGUGCAUCCAUGUAUUGGCAAGCUAUUCACCUAGUACUCAAGUACACAAGUACGUACUUACGUAGCCAUGUACACAUGCAGAGUACAGUCUACACAUGGCGACUCGUCACCAAAAGCAUGCCGUCGCUAUUACCCCGGCUGGCGUCAUGGCGAGCCCGGCCUCUAGCCAAACGCUUCCCCAUACAUACCACGUACAUGCGCCAUCUCAAUCUCGCCAGCCUCUGGACUAUUAGGGCAAGCCUGGCCACGACGGAUACUAUGGAUUCUGUUCUUUUUGGUCCGCCUGGGGCCUCGUCGUGCAGAAUUAGGCCGUGGGUGCGUGGGGGCAGCCAAUGGCCAGGCGUACAGCAUGGCGCCACACGCCCGCGGUCAUUGCCGCAUUCGUUUUCACAUGGCUGGUGGUGCGGCCAGAUUCAUUUCCCUUGUAUUUGCAAGCUGAGCUAUGCUGGCCAGACGCCAAGCAGUCGUGGGUCGUUAUCUUCGCUUGCUAACUCUAUUCAGCCCUCCAGCCUGCGCCUCGAGCAUCGGUGCCGUAUCUGAAGCGCUAGAAGCAGCGGCGCAUGGGUGCAAACCCAGUUACCACGCUAUCCAAGCGCGACCCGCCCGUCUGUUGAGACAUGAAUAUCCACUAUAGAU